GUCCCUCUGUUGUCCUCUCUGGCUUUACUUGAUGCUCAGUGCCUGGCAUCCAGUGCGUCUCCUUUUCAUAACGGCCACCAUCUUCACAUAACCACUACGGCUACUGUAAGAGCAACACAGUAUUUUAUCCGACUUUGUGACCGCUCGCUGCAGGCCUGAUGAUGCAGGGACUGGGGAAGACGGAGAGAGGAGAGCAGGGCCGCGACAUCGACUUGGCAUCAAUGAGGUCAACCAUGCCAGCCAGCGGCCCUCUGCAGGGAGCUUCCAUCCCUAAUGUCAAUAUGAACCUUUACGCCACCAAAAAGACAGCAGCUGAAGGGAUGCUGGACAUCGCUCUGUUCCUGGCCAAUAUCACACACAUGAAGACUGUCAUUGAACAAGGAGCUGGAUAUCGGUACUAUGCAGCUGUGCUGACGCUCAUCUCCUUCUCCCUGGCUCUUCAGAUCAUAGCCGGUGUCCUGAUUAUUAUAAUUGGACGUCGAGAUCUGAACAACUCCACUCUCCAAAGGCGUCUGGACUACCUUAACAAUGUAACAACCAUCAUAGUCUUCAUCACAACAGUUCUCAACUGCUUCAUCAGCACGUUUGGCAUGCAGCGGUCUGGAUACUUCCCAUGGCUGAUGAUGCGCAUACAUUGAUUCAAAUGUCAGAUGUGCAGCAGUUUUUCAAAUCCUUUUUUUCCUUCAUAUUAUUAACUGUGCUGUGCAGCUUUGCAAUGAUAAAACCUCCAUUAUUCUUUUUUAUUUUUAUUUUUCAAAAACAUUAUGUAUCAUAUUUAUUUAUCAUAUGAGUUAUGUAUAAUAUAUAAUAUGAUAUUUAUAAUAUAUGUAUUUAUAAUUGGUGAUAAAAUAAAAUAUGUGGCAUUAUUUUUCUCUGUGUUUUACACAGAGGGUCAGCUCUCUAUGGUUACCAGCCAGGAUGAUCUCUUGAUAGUAGAUGAUUUAGGACCAGCUUUCUAGAUUAUAGUUAUUGUCUUCUGAACAGAAAUCAGGAGUCCAAUAAAUUUCAUGUAUCUGCACAAAUCACUCAGAAGUAUUUUGAUUUUAUAUAUUUCAUUAAAGUCCAAACAAGGUUUAAAACCACAUCCAGAAAAUGUGUGGUGUAGUAUCAAACAUUCAAAGGGUACUGUGCAAAUAUGAUAUAUAAUAUAAUACUCUACAAAUGAAAAAUUUAUUGAUGAUUGUUCUUAAUAAUUUAUUAAUAAGAAAUGUUCUGUGUGAGGACCAAAAUAAUGUGUGAGGAGACUAGAACCAACCCAGAGCCGAAUCAAACUACAUGUUAUUAGAGAUGUAACUUGGUGAUGGUGAGCAGAGUUUCUGUAUGUCUGCAGCCCUUAGUGUGGAGAGCAGAGCUUGAUGCGUGUAUGUUGGGUGCCAGGGUUCACGCAUGUGUGAGAGUUUUGAAAAGUACACAUUAACCUGACAUAGGGGGAGGAAAGGGGUAGCCAAACUUUUUAUUUAGUGCUAUUACUUUACUCUCAAUUAUUUUCUAAAUUUCAAUACCCAUCACCUCAAUAUUCCUGCAUCUAUAUCCAGAUUCUGUUCUAUUGAUGGCCAAACAUUAACCCUCACAAAGCAAUGAAGCUUUCCAAUCCCCUGCUUUGCCUAAAGGUUCUUUAAUUGAUGCUUCAUUCAUUGCUCACUAUUCAGCAGCACAGGCACUAUGACAGCCCUCAUAUUUUUUUUAAAUCAUGCAAUGAGUGCAAUAUUGCCAAAAUAAAGUUUGUUUUAUUA